UAUAAUUUAUUAGAGGAAUCACCUAGACAAAAAUUACUUUAUGACUGUGACAUUACUACUAAAAAUAGUACUUUUACCUGCAGAUUUUCAAUAAUCAGAGAUUUUAAAGAAACUAUUUUGUUGUUUUUGUUGUUGCAGGUGUCAUCCUAUAAUGAGUGGUAUUACACAGGACUUAGCAGUGACCUCACAUUCUCACCAGUAUCUGCUUCAAGGCUUUCGCAACCACUCAUAGGUGUCUGCACCAUGCCUCACACCUCUCAUCCGCAAAAGGGUUUUACUGUGUUUCAAAUGUCAUCUACUGGGGACUUGUUUUACCAGCCAUUUGUCUCACCACAAGAUGACAAAGAUUUGGGAGGAAGGCAUUUCUGGGAUAAAGAGAGUGGUACAUGGAGGAGUAAUGAACUUAGUCCUGAGGCUAAGAUGUUUUGUCAAAAAUGGAUCACUACAGCUGAUCUUCACAAGGAUAACUUUUUGAAAACUGCUCCAGUCCAAGUUGAGUAUGUAGAAACUGAUAAGAAAGUGCUUUGUCAGAAUUUGAAGUCUUUGCUAGAAUCUCAUUCCUGUUGUGUGUUAUGCAAUAAUAGACAAGAUUUGGAAAACACAGAGCUGGACCAAGCAAAGCCAGAAUCAGAUGUAUNCACAGAGUGCGUUGUUUUACAAAAAGGCGGCCGUUUAUUUCCGAAGUAA